AGGAGCCUCAGACCCGGAUCUCUGCCGCACAGUGCGCAUCGUGCUCGGCGUCAUCACGGUGGGAUACGUCGACGAGCACCGAGGAUUUGAACUCGCAUUGCUUCCUAUGUGGCAGCCGGAUGACCGAACUUUACGCAAGGACGCAGCAGGUGAGUCUACGAAGCUACACCUGAAUUUGAAACCAGUUUGCGUCCUCCUCCCAACUCCACCUGUUGAUGUGGCGCUAACAGGAGGAAACACCGAUGCGUAAUUUGGAUGAAACCCUGUCCGACGGCAGGACGACGGGAGCUUUAACCUGUCAGGUUUGGUGGCAGAUGGAGAUGGAGGUGAUGUUUGGCGACCGGUAACAACUCAGAUCGUGUUACACAGGUGGCUGCCAGGUGAGGAGCGGCAUGGGGAACCAGAUGGACAAGCUGUCACAUUUAAGUUACGCAGAAGUUCCCACAGUGGACCCGAACGGCGUGGACACGGAGGAAGGUCCACGGAUCGGCGUCUCUUAUAUAUUUUCCAACGACGACGACGAGCUGGAGGAUGGCUGCACCGCGAAGGAGCCGAACCAGGAAGAGAAACCGUACGAGCGGCGCGACGAGGUGGAGUGCGCCGUCUACAACAGAGAAGAGUGCAUCUACGAGAAGAGCACCAAGUCCACCGACCUGGAGGUGUACUCCCCCGAGAAUCUACUCAACAGGUGUAAAGCAGGGGACCUGGUGGAGUUUGUGGCCACAGGUCAGUUCCCGCACUGGACUGUGUACGUGGGGGACUUCCAGGUGGUGCACCUGCACAGAGCCGAGGUGAAAAACAGCUUUUUGACGGAUGCAAGUCAGGGGAGGAGGUGCAGGGUUGUGAACGACUUGUACAAAUUCAAAUCUCUGAGUCCUGAAAUGGUGGUGCAAAACGCGAUGGAGCAAGUGGGCUUGAAGGACGGAGAGCUGAGCUGGAGGAACUCCGAGUGCUUCGCCGCCUGGUGCAGGUUCGGCAAGAGGGAGUUCAAAAUGGGCGGGGAGAUCCGGAUAGGCAAGCAGCCCUACAGGCUGAAAGUGUGCAUGUCCGACAAACACUCGCACAUGCUGGAGUUCCAGAGUUUGGAGGACAUGGUCAUGGAGAAGAGGAGGAACGAUCAUCUGGGCAGGACAGCCGUGUUGCAGGAGCUGGCCACUCACUUCAGCAGCGUGGAGGAGAUCAGAAAUGAGCCAGGCGAUGACUGAUGGUGGCUUCUUCACCUUUUCUUUUUUUUUUCAUAAUAACUGCUUUGGAAGUAGAGUAGCCUUUACCAAACAUGAACUGUUACACCCUGCUUUAAUCUAUAGCAAGCCUUCGCUCCUUCAUUUUAUUUUUUUAAUUGGAGCACAUGUGUCAUAAUUCUACUCUGACAUUGUCGUUUUAAUUAUGCUUUCACAAGAGCGUGUAACAGUGUUGAUGCCUUAAAGACACAAUCAUCAACACCUUCGGAUGCUUAAUGGCCUUAGCAGUUUUGAAUUCAAUGAUCUGGGGAAAAACUGAAUUAAUAGAAUUAGUCUAUAGGCUUGUCUGUAGCUCAGACCGCCCCUCCACACAGAAUAUAUAUUUUAUAAAGGCUUCACACAUCAAACUGUCACAAUCCUGUAAGUAGAGUGAAUGUUUCUCUAUUCGUAGUCUGUCCUGUUACUUGAUCCUUGUGUGGUUUAGCUUCAUCCCUCAGCUCUCUCACGCAGAAAUGUGUCAGAGCUGCUCGCUGAAUACAAGAAGGAUUCUUUCCGCUUUUUUUAUGGGUAAUUCUCACACCAGCACAUGUUGGAAUAAAUGUUGUGGAGCUGGUCUUGUGUUACACUCAGGGGCGCCGCUAGGGAUUUUGGGCCCCAUGAAAAGAAUCUUUACAGGGCCCCCAACACAGCGGCAAAUUUUUUUGAUGCUAUUUUACAUACAAUUAUGUAAAUAGAGGGGGGGAAGGGGGGGCCCUGCAGGGGUUGAUGCUUCCAAAACAAAUAAAGGAAUUGUUACCAGGACAUGGAAAAUAAAACAUGUGUGAUUAUAUGUUAGUUAAUAACUUAGUGUCAUUAUUUUUUCUGUAUUAUAAUUUCAUCAUCAUUAGGGGCCUCUCUGGGCCCCCCUCCAUCAUGGGCCCCUAGAAUCCGUCUCCUUUACCCCCCCUUUUCG